UAAAUUGGGUUUGGGUAUCGAAAAUGAAAAAGAAGAAGAUGAACUAGAAUAUGGAUGAUCAGCGGCAAAUUCAAAUAGCUAUUACAGUGCAUAAUUUACAUUUAUAAUGAAACAUAGCUGUAUUUAUUCAUCUUUUCCUAUGUAGAAUUACUAUAUUGCUUGUUUCCCUUAGAAGGAAAUAUGAUUUCAUGGGUUAUGUAAUAAUUCAUGGACGAGUUUCUCCCUAUAUCCUAUGAAAUAAAAUGCAUUAAAAUGAGCAUUUGAACCCGGAAAAGUGUAACUUUACGCCAAAUAAAAUUGAAUACAAUAACAGCUGAGAAGCGUUCAUAGGUGAGUUUUGCUAUUUUCAAUUAUCAGGUGAUUGAUAAAAUGUUUGUUUAGAACUAAUCCUAUUGUAUUCGUAAUAUUGAUUCAGUGAUCAGUAAUAAAUUAGUUCGGUUUACUUCAUCGGUGAGAGUUAAAAAUGGAUUUGAAGAGAAAAUACAAUAACUCAAGUAAAUCAAAUUUCAAAAAAAGAAAGUUUGAUGAACGCUUCCUCCAUUUAUUAGAGAAUGGUAUUGAUUGUGAUUGUGAAUUCGUGGUUGGUGUUCAGAGUAUUGUUAUCAGAGGACACAGUUUUCUAUUUUCUGCAGCGAGUGAGGUUUUUCACGCCAUGUUCUACGGGGAUUUCAAAAAAGAAAAGUCUGUAGAAGUCAAGGAUUUGGAUCCGGAAGGAUUCGAAGGUAUGAAGAAGUUCAUUUACACAGGUGAGAUUGAGUUUGAAUCUGCAUUACAAGCGCUAUCAGUUUACAUUGCUGCUAGAAAAUAUAUGAUAUCAUCUCUGAGCCAGCAAUGCGUCAACUUUAUCACUGAAGACAAUACUAUUCAACCCUCUGAAGUAUUAGAGUUUGAUGAAAUUUGCAGAGCACACAACAUUCCAGAAUUCGAGAAAACGUGCUAUAAAAUUAUACAACAAAAAACAGAUAAAAUCAUUGAAAGUGAGUUUUUUGUUUCUGCAGCACCUGAAACCAUUGAAUUGAUCCUGAGAUCUCCAUCCUUGAGAUUAGACUCUGAGAUCGAUGUUCUUCAUCUGUUCGAGAAAUGGGUAAUGGCUAAAGCAGAGCGCAAAGGAAUCGCAAUUGGGAAAAUUAUGGCUACGAAGACCAUCAACAAUUUGAAGAAGCACAUACGUUUCCUGACAAUCAGUUCGGAUAAAUUUGUUUCUGAUGUUGCAGACUCACCAAUAUUAACGUCAAAGGAGAAAAUAGCUAUCGCUUGCAAUUUGAAAGAUUCCGACUUGAAACCAUUGCCAGAAAGUGUUUCCCUGGAACGUCAGCUUCGUAACUUCAUUUUCAAGUCGAAACAAAAAAAAAAAUUCGUAUAUAAUUAUAUCUGAUGACGUUGAAAUCAAAGCUUAGUUUAUCAGCUGAGGAUGGAUUUGGAGAAGGUAGUAUUUAUUUAGAGAAUGACACUCACGUUAUGUUAGAUUGGAAGGUAUUGAGUAAGCAAAAAAUUAUUUUUGCAAAGAUCCCCUUGAGAAAACUGAGAGAUGUAGUACGCUCAAAGGAGGAUGUUGAUACAGUAACCAUACAAGGGUCAUUCAAUAUUGAAUUUGAGCAAAGAUGAAGUAUUUCAAUUAUCACUUCUUCACACACAAUAUUUAUUAGCCUAUCACCAAUAACUAAACAAGAAAAGUAGUCUUACAUAAACAAAUAAAUUUAAAAUAAUUGUGUUGAACUAUAGAUCACACAUUUAUCAUGUUCAAAAGAUAUAAGAUAGCUCACAUAAUUUAAUUGGUUAAUGUGAUUAUCCUCCUCCCCCUCCAUAGCUGUUACCAUUCUUAUCGUCGGCACUUUAUUUGUUAUAUUAUACUCAAUCUUGUACCAUUUUCUUAAUAAAUUGCUUUGAAAAUGAUAUAUCUACAAUCACUCUCUAUCAGAAUGAUGUACUUUAAAAUCUUAAAAAAAGAAUGAAAUCUUUUCAUGUGUAAUGUUUCUGUCUGAACUCUGGAAGCAUAGCCAUAUCUUACUACUGACUAUGCAUUUGUCCAGACUUCAGUUUAUUAACAUUAGGUUAGCACACAGUAAACUAUAUUACCAAAUAUAGUUACUGUAGGUUAGCAGUACUAUAGACUAUAGUCAACCGCACGAAAAUAGUACGAUGGUAAUUGAAAUGGCUGAGUGCCUCCUCACCUCCCAGCAUACAUAGACGUUGCCAAUUCGUCAGGUGUAUUAAAAAAAAACAUUAAUAAUUUAAUGAACUGUGGACAACGUUGAUCUACUGUUAGUAGGCAACGUUGCACUCAUCUGUUCCAAUUUCCGUCGGGCUAUUUUCGUGCGAUUGACUAUAAAAAUAGCCAAUACAGAAUAAUGAUAUGCCCAAUGAGGAGGCAAUUUCGGCUGAAUCUUGAUGAAUCAAGGUUCUUGAAAAAUCUAUAGCUGUAUAUUUUUUGAAUUGAUGCUAAAUUGAUUAGAUUUCUUCACCUCAACAUUCCCUAUUUAUAUAACCGCUCGAAAUCAUAUAAAUUAACUAAAUCCUUUCAAAUUAAAAGUAGUUGACUUAUUCAUCUCAACAGAACUAAACUUCCAGUUAACGUUACUAAUCAAAGGGCUCAAUUUAGUUGAUUACUGUUUCCAAGCUGAGACUCAUGAGAAUCUAGAUAAGAAAAAUUAAUUAUUUUUCUCACUAAGAGCUAAUUUUCGAUAAAUUUUGAAAUCCGUAGCAGAAUUGGAUUUUGUUAUCAUGGUAGAAUCUUGUCGAACAUUAGAAAAGUCGAGUUGUUAAUUAGGCUGGCACUGAAGGGUGAUUAGUAGUAAGAUAAGGCUGUUUUUGAUCAGGUUGCUAAUGAGAGUGAAAAUAUUGUUAGUGCAGGGAACACCAAGUACAUUAAAUAAGCUCUCUCUGCAAUUCUCUGCAGAAUCCAGAAUUAUAAGGGAUCUAGUCUAUUUUAGCAAUGAUGAGUAGCAAAAGACUACUUCAAUGAGCGAGAAUAAUGAGCCUAUCGUUGAGAAUCUAUUAUGUCGAAUCUUUGUAUUUGACAAGAUGGAGGAAUGAGAGGGAAGAACUAAGGACAAAAAGAAAAUCAGACAAAGAACUGAA